AGGAGGUCUGUGUUUAAUGGCUCUGAUGCACUUCAGCCUGGAUUUAGUGUGAAUUUAAUUCAGCCAUUUCUUCCUCUUUAAAGUUGAUUUUAUAGGCAUCUGAUAUAUUUUUGAGGGUCAGUGUAAGCAGGUAGCCAUGCUCUGGCUUUGUCCUGAAGCUGUGAUGAAUGGACUUUCUGAAUUCUGUCCCUUAUGUACUGUUGCCAAUCACUUCUUUCUGUGUCUUUGGCCUCUGUGUGGCUUAGUUUAAAGGCUAAGACUGAUCUAGGACUUAGGAAACCUACUUAUCUACUUAUUUCUCUAUGAUUCUUGUUAUUUCUUAAAUGUACACUGAAUCACGUUAAUAUGUUUUGAUUAGUACAAUACGUUUUGAUGAUACUUGAGCCAGAUUUUCUCUUGGAUGUGUUUCCUCUCUAGGCUGAACUGAUUUCUUUUUUUCUUGUGAAUGAUAUAGUGACAAAAUGCGCUUUCCUGGCUGGCGCAGGUGACUGUGGGGAAAGUCUGCUAUGAGCUGUAUGUCUUUGGUAGCAGUAUUGUUCUGAUCUUGGCAUGGCGGAUUUCUUUGGUCUCUGAGCCCUCAACACAGUGCCUCUGGAUAUUUGCAUAUGGUACUUCUCUAGGGAGGGCCCUUAGUGAACAAAUUACCCUUUGGGGUAUCUUACUAACUUAAUGGGCUUUAAGUAAUAACAUAAUAGUAUUCAACAUUGUUUACUACACGUCUGUGGAAUUCUACCCCACAUUAUGUCUGGUUACAAACUGGAUACCACUGCAAGUUUACUCUCUAAAAGCUAUUUUGAAAAUCAAGGUUGCACACUGGCAAUGCGAAGAAAUGAAUGUAAAUCAGUUGCAGUGUCGCUUUACUUUUUGCUUAUGUAAUCUUCCUGCUAUAUCUAAACAUACAUGAAAAUACAAGCUUGCUCAGCAGGCCCUUAGAAAGAGUUGACUACCACAGAGAUCCCAAACAGUUUCCCUUGAAGAUCCCUUGUCUUUCCCCUUAUGGAUCCCUGCCAUUCAGUCUCUCAGUGCACUGGUGUCACUUCGUUUCUUCCUGACUAUGCCUUCUAUGAGUCUUCUAUGACUCAUCAGUUCAUGGGGUUAGUUUUAACACUCUACAGUGCCCAGUGCUUUCCCUCCUGCCUGGCAGUACUGCUCCUGGGAAGGUGACACUGCUAGAGUUUCAUCCCAGGGCGAUCCUCAGGUUCAACCCUCACCCCUUAUCCCUCAUCCUUGCCUUCUGCUGGCUUAAGUGUUUGUGUAGCUGCACAGUGAAAUGGAGCAGGGAAAUGACCUAGCAAAAUAUAACAAAAAGGGUGGUUAUAGCUGCAUUCCGUGCCUCAAUAUGAUUCAGUGCACAGAUGUUUGUCAAGAUGCAGUGCAGGGCAGGAGAAGUAGGGUGUGUGGCUGUUUAAAAUGGUACUGCUGCCAAGAAGUUACUCCUGAGGAAGUCCCUAUUGCUCAAUUUUUAUUCAUGAGAUUUUGUGGCAUCUGCACAAGGCCUGUCCGUGGGUCAGUACCUCUGCUGGCUUGUUUCUUCCAUGCCCGUGUGGCCCAACACACAGCCCUGCUUCACUUUAAUACCUGCAGAGAGCUCACAGCAAAGCCUAACAGCUAUAAAAACCAAAACAACCUACUAGUUAUUUCCUACUAAUCUCCCAGGGCACAUCUUAUUUCUUUUUAUAUCCACUCCCACCAAGAUGUACUGAUGCAUUCUUGGGAAGAAGAGCCCUGCCCUAGAUUUAGCAGAAGCCUCUAGUACCAGGCAAUGCGGACUAGGCUGGCUCUUUUUGCUCAUGCAGAACACAGGCAAAGAAUAAAUUACCCUCUUUCUCCUGAGAAAGCACGUAUAUUAUCGCAUAGUUAUCUCAAACCCAUGGCACCUGAGAGAAAGCACUCUCUCCUGGCCAUCUUGAAAUAUGUUUUGCCUGGGAAACUAAGGGAGAGCCAAGUGCAAGUUAAGUCCUGAAACUAAGAGAAGGAAGUCACCCUCCUCUAAAUGUCAAAGGAAGCCUUUCUAGCUACAAUGAAAUUCCUCAUCUUCCCCAAUUUAUAUGUAUAUGCAUGUGUCAGAAGCCUUUGGAUCUAAACUCUGUAACCUCACUAGGAAAUGGCUAGAGCCUGCUUAGCUAUUUCUGAUCUGCCUCCUGAUCAGCCUACCUGGUCAUCUACCCUAGUGCUGGAAAGAUUCUCAGGGUGGAACAAGAUACAUCAACCACUGGAGAAAAACCCUAAACAAAGAAGAACAUACCCAAGCUCCUCCAAACAGCCAUAGGCUUCUGUUUUUGCCGAGCUGGUGGUUCCAAAGUCCAAACUACUGGCCAUAUUGGGACUGACUCUGCCUGUGGUUGUGAGGGUUUCAAUAUAGUCCUUACAGAACUACUUUUUGCUGCAGACCACUCUGACAGGGCACUUCUUCCCUCCCGUCAAGGUUGCUUGUCACCUUGAAACAGGAAGGCAGGACCAUUCUAGCCUUGGCUUCAGGAACCAGACUUCUCGCCUCCUCAGGAGCCCUGCAAGGCCUGAAGUCAUGCUAUUUUUGUAGUUGUAACCCCAGCAACUGUACCUCUCUGAGCCAAAAUGCUCAUUUGGAGAAUGCCAAAGAGGAACUGGAAUUUCUUUUUCCGCGUAAGUGGCAUCUUAGCCAUAAUGGUGAUUUACAUGAAACCUUCCCUGCCAGCCAUGAUUGCUGGUUGUGGCAGAGGGGAAUUUGUUUUGAGGGAUGCCUGUGCCACCUCUGUGCUUCCUGGCAUGUAUGGGGCCAAUGGGAACAAUGGGGCGACACAGCCACCUCAAGCUCUUCACCUCAAUGGUAUUUUAAUAUUUUAAGAACCUGCAUUCUCAUGGAUCUGCCAUUUUUGUGGUUAGGCAGAUAGAAGUAUCUUCAUUUUCCUGUGAAUGGCUGCAAACGUAUGGGGUGAAUUCUUAGCUUCAUUUCUCAACGUAGGUAAUGUAAGAUUUGCUAGUAAAUUUCUGUGGCAAGAUGGCUCAGAGAACAUGCAUGCUUUUUGAUUUUUGAUGAUCAAAAUGCCAUUGAAACUUUGGGGAAAACCUUCUUAAUGCUGGGACAGAUUAUCUAAAUGCCACUGUUGCAACAUCAUUUCCUCAACACUGCAAGUGUUGUGGCUUAGUCUGGGCUCGUCUCUUUCAUCCUCUCACAAUAUGACUGUGUACUUCUCCUCUUAUGCUCUAAAAUGAAAAGAUUUUAAAGACCAACUUCUUUAUCUUUUGUAUUUUUGUGCUAUUUUCUGCUGUUUGUUUUCCCUGGCUCACUCGUUGUACAUGCUGCCUCACUGGCGAAAUGUUCUGCUUUCUAUUUAAGACCUGUGAGGUAAUCAAAGCAUAGUCAAAUCCAGAGUUGGUGCAACGGACUUUGGAACUAUGAGUAUCAUACCUUCAUUUGGUCAAAAUUUGUAAAUGCACAGGUAUUUCCUGUUUACACUGGGCUCCAGCUUUAUAUACCCUAUUGUAUUUGAGUACCUCCAGUGAUGUGUGCAGUUUUAGGCACCGCAAUAAAACGGACAUAACACUGUUAGAGAGCAUCCAGAGGAGGGCUACAAAGAUGGUGAAGGGUCUGGAGGGCAAGGUGUAUGAGAAGCUGCUGAGGCCUGCAAAGUGACAGGACCUGAGGGAAUGGCAUGGAGAUGUGUCAGGAGAGGGUCAGGUUGGGAAUUAGGAGAUUUUUCACCAAAAGGGCAGUUGUCUACUGGAACAGCCUCCCCUGGGCAAUGCGCAUGGCCUUCAGCUGCUGGAGCUCAAGAAGCAUUUGGACAAUGCUCUCAGAUACAAAGUUUGAAUUUUGAGUGGUCAUAUAUGGAGCCAGGAGCUGAACCCAAUGAUCCUUUUGGGUCCCUUCUAACACAGGGUAGUCUAUGUUAUUUUUAAGAUUAUCUACAGCUUGACUUUGCUUCCCUGAGUAGACAGAAGACUCCUGUAGCAGAGACAAAAGACUUGUCUGAAGCAUUCGAGUUCUUGGGAAGUGGUGUUCCUAGGUCAGAACAAGUACCUUCAUACAGAACUAACCAUUAUGGAGAAACGAUUAGGCAAAAGCCAGAGUAUGAUAACUGUCACUGACAAUUGCUGGUGGCUUUCUUGGCUGGAGGUUUCUGAUUUCUUUGAUGGCUGCUUUUUCUGAUUUCCACUGAAGUUUAUGCUGUCUAGUUCAAUUCCCUCCAGUAUGUGGUUUUCAUGAUGACUUUGGUUUUCUUAGGGAUUCCUGCUGAAGCUGCUGAUAUAUUGUUAAAUAUUUUAUAUAAUAUUAGCUGUACAUGUCUUCCUUUUAAAUUCACAAACUUUGAUGGUAACAUCUUUUUAGGGAGACUGUUCAUGACAUUGUCUUUGUGUGGAUUACAUAUUAUGUUUAUCCUAGGGAACCCAGGAGCCUGUUUGAGUUCUUGAUAUAGGUUGGCAGCUGAAAUCACAUCCUGACUCAACACACAAUGCACAAAGCACAAUGGGAUGAGGCUCAGUGAUGCUAUGGCAUCUAUACCCAUAGCUUUGUCUGUGUGAUGAGAAAUCCUAGGAAUGUGUCCCCCGCAGGAGCUAUGGCACACAGGACAGGUGAGCAGUCAGGCUGCAGAGAUAGCAUGAAAGGUCCAAGCCAGUAUGUAGAUAAAAACCUUAACUGUAAGCUGCCAUUUCUGUUCAUCUAUGAUUUCACAUAGUUAAAAGAAGAAGCUGAGUAUUGCAAAGUGUAUCAUGCAACAUAAAAAAAUAGCAACUGGAUGAUGAAUAAGAAUAACUGCAAAUAGAUUAAUUUUAGACAUCAAUUUGCAGAAAAUCUUAAUGUUUAUUUUUAAUGCUUUGAGAAGGCAGUGCUGCAUCAAAAAAUCUCAGGAGCUAUGCAUGACUAUUUCAAGAGGAAAAUAUUUUUUACAGAUUACAUCGAUGCUCACAGAUACAGUCUAGUGCUUUUAAUGUAUAUUAAAUAGCUGAGAAACCUGAUUUGAAGUAAGCAAUCAGUCUGAUAAUCGGGUUUCAAUUUUAUUUGUAACAUGACCAUAAAAGACUCACUUUUUCUCUCAGUCAUGUUUGAAAACCCAUUUCUUAACCCCUUCUCAAUUAGUAAAAUCUUGUCUGCAACAUUAAUAAAGAAGACUGUGCCAAACAGUAUUCUUAGAGAUACUCAGGAGUCAAGAUGGCAACUGCUCUCUAUAGAAAAGAAUUAUUUGGAUGGAUUACGUAUGCAGGCUGUCCUGCUCAGCAGUAGUCAUUUUGCUCAUAUUGACUUCACCACUUAUGGGGAACCAGAAUUUAUGAUUGUAUGACUCUAUGAUUUAACUCUUUAAAGGACAACUUACUGAGUUUUUGCUUGGAUUUUCCUUCAAGAAUUCCUGACAAAAGAGCAACAAUAUAAGAUUUUCCCAAGCAAUAUGUAAAAUGAAGAAGGAAAAUCCACUUCAAAAUACCUUCCUGAUGUUACUAUCUUGAUGUCAUCUAUCUUAGAGGUGGUAGUGGAAAUGCUAAGUCACAGCUUGAAGCAGUAAUUGAGCACCUGGAGGUCAAUCAGGGCCAACCCAGAGGAGCUCAGGUGCAAGCAAUGCACCUGAGUGACUGAAAGGGGUGGAGUCAGGAUUGACCCCUUCCCAGGCCUGUUUAAGGGUUGCCAGUGGAAGCAAGGAUAUCUCAUUAGAGGGCCUUAUCUAUCUGAGGCCUUCUAUGGGCAAGCAGAUUUUUCUGUUUCUAUGGCUGCUGCUUUGGGUACAUCCUCACCUCGUGUAGCCUAGGACUUUGCCAUUCUGCUAUCAUUGUUGUGCUUUUUGUUGUUUUUUAGCAUUACAGAGAUACUUCUUGUUUCCUAUGUCUCUCUAAAACUUUGAUAAUUGCUUCAGGAAUAGUGUUUAUUCAUAUGUAAAGAUCUCUGUUUAAAAUUUGAAUCUAUUUGAUCUCUGACUGUGUGCAACUACUGGGAUAGCAUUAAAGGUGCAAACUCCAACCACUGAAACAGUGUAAUGUAAAUGUGGACAGCCAGUGGCAGGAAUUUGGCUCAGUCAGUCUGUGCUCAUAUGAAAGUCAGAAAAUAACUACUGCAGGUCUCUUUUUAAAGGCUGUGGAAGAUAGCGAAAAUGGCCCAAGUUGCUCCCACCUCUGUCUGAACUGGAAAAUAAUCCAAAUUCAUGAAACCUGAUUCUGAGCUGGAAUCUGGAGCGAUGUUGUGGGCUUGUUAUUUUAAAGAAUUCUGUACGUGUUCGGUCUUUUCUGCUUUCUUAAUAUUCUUAGCAAGCUGUGCAAGAAACAUGCAGUGGGGAUGGAGGGAGAAGGGGAAAUAAUGCCUUUAGCACUAGACUGUCACGUGCUGCCCGGGUGGAUUUUGUGCUUGAUCAUUUGGGUCUGAAUGCAAAUUUGUGGUGCUUGAUACCAUGCCAAAAGACUACUCAAACCCUAUUGUCUAAAACGGUGCCACUUUAGACAUAGUUUUGUUUCCCCUUGUUUUCUAUUUCAGUUGAUGCACUGCUUACUUAACUUACCGCUUAGUCUCCUAUGGCUGGUGUUUGGAAACCAUGAGUUCAUGGAACAUGAUUUCUCAUUACUUUCUAUGUAUUUAUUACUUUCUGAUUGCUACAGUCGGUUGAACACACUGCUGCUUCAUCCUUAAAAUAAUACAUCUAUGUUUUUUCCAAGCAUUGCUCUCAGGCUCUUCCUAUCUAGACUAUUUGAAUGAUUUUUUUUUUCCACUUCCAGACUGUAGAUAAACAGUUGUAAACUAGAAAACACUACUUCUUACACAGGAAAAGAUACAUAUAGACAAUUAGUUGUGUCUUAGCAGAUGAGAGGAAGGAACACUUUGGUCCCAGGAAUUUUUAAAUCAUAAUCAUUUUCAUAAAUUUUAAUUUACUUGUUGUGGAUCAAAUAGCUCAAUGCCACAGUGUUAAUUUUGAAAGAUUCCUAGGUACAGCCCCAGAAUUAAAGCUUGAGUUUGUUAUCACUUUCGAUACUAAAUACUGAUGACAAUACUGAAGUUGUUCAAAUAAUUGCAGUAGUAGAGGAUGCAUUUGAAAAUGCAACUAUAAUUUUAAUUGAAUGCUUUUAUCUUUAAGCUCAGUGGAGGAAACAGGUGUACUAUGAGGUAGGCAAAGUUGUGAAAUCAGUAAAUUCAGUAGGAUUUUCUCAUGAAGGGCCUUCUGAGCAAACUUAUUUCAGCACCUGUGGAGAACAUGUGUAUUAUUUCCCUGGGGACAAACCCACUGUGCAAAAAGCUGCACUUCUGCUUUUCCACUUUACCAUCAUCUGUUCCACAUGCACAGAAAUACAAAACCUGCUCCUUCAAGUUAAACUGAGAGUGCUGGAGGCCUUGGAGGUAGUGACCUGUACUGGAGCCAUCUGAAAGCUGUGGGGAAGAAAAGUGCCUCUGAAGAGUAGUGCUGCUGCUUGGUCUGCAAAUCUUCAUCUUCCUCCAACCUGAACUAAUGAGUGACUGCAGUGGAGAUGCUCACAGCUGGCCAGCUUUCCCUUGGCUCUAAGCAUCGCCAUGGAAUGAAGCCACAGUGGCAUGGGCUUCUUGGCAGCCCAGCAGUCCUUCCUUCUUGGCUCCUUAAGCAUCAGUCAGAGUUCAGCUGUACACUGUUAAUGGCCUAAAUAUGCCUGCAUCUCUGCUGACAAAAGUCACACUGUAUACUUGCACAGACAAAAGCUUGCACAAAAGGAGUGUCUGAAAAUGAGGUUACUUUUAUAUAGUGCUGAUACUGCUUAUGCGUCAUAAUGCAUUCAGCACCUGGAAGAUGCUGAAAAAAAAAACAGUUUUUAAACUGCUUCUCUUCUGCACUGGUCUGUAGUGCACGCAGCCAAGGGAAAUAGUUGGUAUAUCUCUAAAUGACUCAGAAAAUCACAGAAACAGAAUAACUUUUUGUAGUUUUUUUUGUUAUCCCUUUGGAUUUGAAAUCUGAAGACAGAAUGUGAGAUGUUACACAGGAAUGAAAGUAGGAUAGAAACCUACAUCAUAAGAGAUGUAUACAAAUUUGAUUAUUUUUAUAUUGCACAUAAUAGUCGUAUUCAUAAACAUUUAUCAUUUUUCAUUAUUUGUUUGUAGAAUAGUAUCAUGGAAUCAUUAAGGCUGGAAAAGAACCACUAAGAGCAUCCAGUCCAACUAUCAGCCCAUCUUGUUCUACUAAAGAACAAGAAGGAAGUUAUUACAUUGAGGAAAUUACAAUAUAAAUAUUUUGGGGGGAUUAAAGAAAGUUUCUAGCUGGGUAUUUUAUAAAUAAUAUAUAUGUGAUAGUUUUAUGAGGUUUUCCAUUCCUAAACGCUAGUGGAUUUUAUUAAUGCCUGCAGUUAAACCUUCUCUAUGUUGUAGAGCUCUGCCCAGGUGUAGCAGAAAUGCAAAGUCACAGCUUGAAGCAUUGAUUGAGCACUUGGUGGGAAGGCAGGGCCAACCCAGGGGAGCUCAGGUGCAAGCAAUGCACAUGAGUGACUGAAAGGGGUGGAGCUAGGAUCAACCUCUUACCAGGCCUGUUUAAGGGUUGGCAGCAGAGGCAAGGGUAUCUCACUGGAGAGCCCUGACUACCUCAGCCCUUCCAAAAGUAGCCACAUGGGAUCUAUCUCCAGAGACCCCCUGUUGCUAUGAAUCAAGUGUUGAAGGAGUGUUAAUGCCAUCCAUCUCGUGCAUCAGUACCCUCAGGGAAGAGAGAGCAGUGAAUCGAAACUACAGCAACCUGUUCUGCAUGGCCUGAGUACAGCCUUGUAAUACAGAGGAGCAAAGCAAAUCAGAAAGCAGGGUGGAGGAAGAAGAUCCUGUCCAGACACACGAUGACAUUGAAGAACUGGUUUGUGAGUCAGAGGCAUGUCUUGGAUGUGAGCCUGUGUUGCUGCAGUUGCUUGCCAGCAUGGGUGCUCAGGAAGCAGAAACUUUGCAUCAAAGCAGAGAAUUAAAACUUCUGUGCAAUCCAGAGCUGCGGAGUCGGUCUUCUGGGAGGAGUUAGUGAUUGCCUUUCUUUGAAGUUGCCAACUGAAUUCUGAAGGCUUUGCAAGAGAGCAGAGUGCUUUGUUGGGCCAAGAGCACAAAGAGAACUAACAAAUGCAGUUUGAAAUACUUCAUGGCAGUAGCAGAGGUCCUAUCAACAUUGCAGAUAUGUAAUUAUAGUCCAGAAUAAAUCCCAAGAAGAGAAAGACAUUGAGGAAGAUGGGGAUGACGAGAAGGACAUUUUUGAUGGAGCUGGCAAGAAGCAAAGGUUUCAGAGUAGAAAGUGAGCUAAGUGACUCUGUCACUCAUAUUGUGGCUGAGAACAACUCUUACCCAGAGGUUCUGGACUGGCUGAAAGGACAGGCUGUGGGUGACAGCUCCAAAUUUGAAAUACUGGAUAUUUCCUGGCUCACAGCCUGCAUGGAAGUGGGAAGACCAGUGGAUUCAGAAAUGAAGUAUCGCCUUGUGGAACAAGCAGAGCAGCAUCCUUCUCUGAAAACACCUGAACUGGAAGUGUCAUCAUUUACUACAAGCAAGGUAUCCCAGUACUCAUGUCAAAGGAAGACAACAUUAAGUAAUCUCAACAAGAAAUUCACAGAUGCCUUUGAGAUAUUGGCUGAAAAUUAUGAAUUCAAAGAAAAUGAAAUAUUCUGCCUGGAAUUUCUAAGAGCAGCUUCUGUGCUGAAAUCUCUUCCAUUUCCAGUAACCAGAAUGAAAGAUAUACAGGGGUUGCCCUGCAUGGGAGACAGAGUCAGGGAUGUUAUUGAGGAGAUUAUUGAAGAAGGAGAGAGUUCUCGAGCUAAAGACGUAUUAAAUGAUGAACGAUACAAAUCGUUUAAGCAAUUUACUUCAGUCUUUGGAGUGGGAGUAAAGACAUCAGAGAAAUGGUUCAGAAUGGGUUUACGAACUGUGGAAGAGGUAAAAGCUGACAAGACCUUGAAGCUGUCAAAAAUGCAGAGAGCAGGGUUUCUCUACUAUGAGGACCUUGUUAGCUGUGUAUCUAAGGCAGAAGCGGAUGCAGUAAGCUUGAUUGUCAAGAAUACUGUGUGUAUGUUUCUACCAGAUGCUUUAGUUACCAUAACUGGUGGUUUCAGAAGGGGUAAGAAGAUUGGGCAUGAUAUUGAUUUUUUGAUCACCAAUCCAGGACCAAGGGAGGAUGAUGAACUUCUGCACAAAGUUGUUAACUUAUGGAAAAAACAGGGCUUACUUCUAUAUUGUGAUAUCAUUGAAUCAACAUUUGUUAAAGAACAGAUCCCAAGCAGACAUGUUGAUGCCAUGGAUCAUUUUCAGAAGUGUUUUGCAAUUUUAAAGUUAUACCAGCCAAGAGUAGACAACAGCAGUUACAACAUGUCAAAAAAAUGUGACACGGCAGAAGUCAAAGACUGGAAGGCAAUCCGUGUGGAUCUGGUCAUAACCCCCUUUGAGCAAUAUGCAUACGCUCUGUUAGGCUGGACAGGCUCCAGGCAAUUUGGACGUGAUUUGCGGAGGUAUGCUACUCAUGAAAGGAAAAUGAUGUUGGAUAACCAUGCCUUAUAUGAUAAGAGAAAGAAGGUCUUUCUCAAAGCUGGAAGUGAGGAAGAAAUCUUUGCACAUCUUGGCUUGGACUAUGUCGAACCAUGGGAAAGGAAUGCUUAAAAUGAUUUGCCAGUGUACAUUCAUCAGUUGACAGCAGUGGUCCUUCUGCCUGUCUUGCAGUCUGAUACAUUACACGUGUCUCUGUGACAACUAAAAUUUAAGAAAAAUAUUUUGUUAGAAGCCUUUUUACAUGUUGAUGUUCCUAGAAAAGUUUGAGUUCUUCAGAAUAUUUUCCAGUCUUUUCAGUUUUAAUCUUUUUUUUUUUUCUUCCAGGGGAAAACUUCUAACUGAUGAGAUUUUAGCUUGUAAUAGGAAUUUAAAAUUUCUGUGAAUAAUACAUGAUUGUUAAAAUACUGUCAGCUAUGGCAGUGCCUGAAUAAUACAAAACAUUUCAGCUGAGUCCAAAAAUUACUGAAAUAGAUGUUCAGUGUUAGCUCAAUUUUUAACUAUUUUGCUGUAUCCAUAUACAAAAUGUUGAGUAUAUAGACCUAAAGGUUAUAAAGUUUAAAGACCUAUGUAGUAAUUUAGUCUGGCAGUCUCAGCCAAGUGUGCCUCAGCUAUAAUAUUUAUCUAGUUGGGUCACAUCUCUACAAAAAUUGUAAUCAAGUUGAGAAUUCAGAUUUAAAAAACAUUAAGCAGGAAGGGAUUAUGGAAUUAAAGUGAAUUUACUCAGUAGCAAUAUGCAAUUGUGAGGAAAAAUACUAUAAAUUUGUGAAACUAAUUUUGAUGAAGGAAGAUUCAGGUGAUUGCCCUUGGUUGGGAAUUUGAAUCAACCUACAUGAAAAGUUUUAAUGGUCAGACUGGUGUCUGCUGUGAGGUGAAAGCUUUUAAUUUUUAUGCUCAGUUUAGGUAGCUGGAAAUUUAGUUAUUUAUUAGUAGUUAUAUAUGCACUGAAAUGAGGAGUUUACCUGAGAUAUUUGGCAAUUGGCUGCUCUCUUUUUUAUCAGAAAUUAAUUUUGGCUGUGAGAGCUCCUUUCUGAUGUAAGUAAUCCUUUGAAAUAUUUUGGUUUUAGAAAAUUCCCAGUGGCUCCUGUAACUGUAAUGAUAGUGGAGAAUUUGUAAUACAUUCAUCCUUUAGUCAAUGAGGGCAUUUAGUGCUUUAGUACUCUAAGCUACUUACUGACCAUUCAUUUGUCAUUUGUUGAAUAAAGAUGAUUGAGAACACCA